AUGAAUAAUCUCGGUAAACUUCUAUGCGAGCGGCUCAUGAUAAGGGUUGGCGGUGAAAUAGUAUACGACAAUAACGGUGAAAGUCUCAUCGAAGUCUACAAAGAUCUCUGGAAGAUGAAUUCAAAAAGAGCAAACAUGAUAGAAUACGGAAUUAUGAAAGAAAACACAAGAAAGCUAUUGUCGAAGGACGACAGUGCUGAUCAAACCGCAAAGACGGAUGGUGACUACGACCUGGUGAUGGCAAAGGUAUACAAGGAGCAGAAAAUGAAACUCGGAAAAAUUCUUAAUGACCACGGUCUAUAUGCACCGUAUAACAUGAAGAGCAGAUUCGAGUACACGAUAACCCUUCCAAAAGCCGACAAGAUUAUGGUUGCACAGGCAAACGAGAAGGUGGAAGGAUAUACACUGAAGAACAUACACUUGGAAUAUGAAACAAUAGAGAACGAGGAACUAUAUAGCCAAACGGGUAAACGAAGGAUACGAGACCGGUAGAUCCCUGUCCUACGAACACACAACACUGUUAAAAACAACCGUGUGGACAAAGGAUGCUACAAGGUUUAACGAAACCAUAGACGUUCCGAGGGUAAGCAUGAGGGCCAUUGUUCUACUCUUCAGGAAAAGGACAAUAACCGACAGCGAGGAAUACAUCUUCCCAAGCAUCGAAAAGGUAAAGGUUACAAUAGAGGGGAAACCGAAUGCUGUAUAUAGUCAGGGUCUAACAUACGAAAACUUUUACGAUGAGGCGAAAAGACUGUUCGGAAUGGCCAACAACGCCUGCAACGACAACAUAAGCGUUAGAAAAUUUUACAAAAGUAAAUUUGCACUGGUGAUCGAUCUGAGAGCUGUUGAUGACAGUCACAUUGUUGGAAGUGGAAAAAAGCUCCUCGGUGACAAUCCCGGAAUCCUUCUGGAGAUCGAAACCGACGCGAUGUCCGAAGACAUCCUCUGUAACAUCUUUGUGCUAUCCGAUGGACUCAUAAACAUCAGCGAAAAGACCCUUUAG